AGUGUUGUCAGAAUCACCCAGAUUCAAAAGCAGGAUAUUUAAUUGAAAAAGAAAAAGAAAAUUCCCAACAUGAAAGCAAGGGAAUGAAAACCUCCAAACUGUUAGUUGGAAAGGAAAUUCCAAGAAAAAGGAAAUUUCUUAAGUGAAAAAGAGCAAAAAAAAGUUAGGCAGGGAACAAGGUUCGGAAUUUUAAAAUUAGGUUCGGGAGCUACUAAGCUAACCUUUUGGCUUUUGGCGUUUUGCUUUAGGAAGCCGUUAGGGCACCGAACCUCCCCAUCUUAUCUUUCUUUACUCCACCAGUUUUCUUUUGUUCCUUUGAUUUCUCUUUUUUUUUUAUCUUUAUUUUCCCCCUUCGUUUCUUUCAUUCAAUCUUUCCCUUAUUCUCUGGGAAUCGAAUCCUUGCUUCAGGGCCAAAGUCGAAAAAAGAAAGAUUUCAAAUUCGCUACUUUAUUCUUCAUUCUAAAGAACAAAGUUCAGUUCUUUGGAUAUCUUCCCACUUCCUUGUUCAAAAUUUCCUCUUUUUCUGAUUUGUUUCUUUGUUUCUUUAACAUUAGUGUUCCUCAGCCUAUCUAUUUUUAGGGAUUUUAGAGACUGUUUUCACAGAAUGGGAGGCGAAAGAAUGGCAAAAAGAUCAACUUUUGGGAGCAUGGUGAGGAAGAGAUUGUCUGACAUCACCAAUUCACAGUCACAACACAAGGCUUCAACCCAAGAGGGAAAACCUCAAAAUAUUUCUCCUGCUGCUGAAGAUUACGUUAAUCAGUUAAUUAAGGAAAAGAUGACACUGAUGAAACUUAUCGAGGAGAGAAAUAAGAUUAUUGAAUUGAGUGGAACUGAGUUGCAGAAUCUGAGAAUCUGUUUACAAAAAUUGCAGCUACAGAAUUGGAACCUUGCUCAAUCAAACAGUCAGAUGUUAGCGGAGCUUAAUUUAGGGAGAGAUAGGGUGAAAGCUCUUCAGCAUGAGCUUGUCUGCAAGGAUGCUUUACUUAAAGCUAAGAACCUGGAAAAAAAGGGAAAAGCGGAUAUCAACUGUCAAAAUACUGGCUCACAUGGGGGAGAGCAAGCUGGUGAGGAGGAAUGCAUGCCUAAGGCUAAAGCUUAUGAUGAUGACAAGCCUUGUACCCGCAACAGAAGACGCAAUGCUAGAAGUCAAUCUAUGGGCCCUUCAACUACAAGCCAAAGAGGUGGAGAUAAACAGAAGAAUGAAAGCAAAAGGCGUUGUUUGAGAAGGCAAUCUGCUAGGUUCAAAUCCCAAGAGCGAGAACCAACAGAGAAUCUAUUUGAGAUUGACGAUGUUACAUUUACUGCCACUCAGCAACUUGAUACUCCGAUGCAUGAAGAUGGUUCAUCCAUAACAAUGGAAGAAACUUGUAACCUAAGAGCUGAAACGCAAAUUUUGAAAAGAUCCUCAAUUGGAAGACCAUUGCGCAAAGCAGUUGAGAAAGUGCAAUCAUACAAAGAAGCUCCAGUUAAUGUUAAAAUGCGGAGAAAAGACUGAACAGCAAUCAUUCCCCGUAUUCCAAGAAACCACCACUUCAUGUCUUUGAUCCUUCCUGUAACCUAUGUAUUGUUGUUUGUGGCACUUACAUUGAUCUCUUUUUUUUUUUUUUUGUGGGAUGAUUUUUAAAGUUACUAUAAAAUGAAAAUGUGGAACGUUGUAAUGUGAAAAAGGUUUGCUGAUUAUCGUUUCUUAAGUGAAGAAAUCAUGAUAACAUUGUGGCCAAAACUUCUAAUCAGACUGGCUCAUAACUCACAAUGAAAUGCUGCAAACAACUAUUAGAAUCCUUUAAUGUUGCCAUUUAUUUUGACUGCUUCUUGCAAACAACUGGUUUUGUCCUAUUGAACUGCUGGAAUGAUUGUAAAAGAAACAAGACAAAAAGCAUGGAAAAGAAAGAAAAAUCUUGCAUUGUCAAGCAAAGAUUUCCUCCUUUCCUCUAAUCAAUUUCUUGGCCAGCUGGAACCAGGUUACCCAUGCCGCUUGAGGGA